AUGGCUAUCUUUGUUGAUCUCGACGACGACGACGAAUCACCUUCCCUGCAGCAGGGACAUCAUGUAUAUAAUCAUCCAGUGCAACCGCUAGGUGUACCCCAAUGGGACGGCCGGCGAGUUGCCAAUGAUGCUCCUAUUCCACGUGUCGAGCAGUGUCUGGACACGAAGCGGCAGGACAAGAAUGAGCUCUCUAGCAGCACCACCAACGACCCGGCCACAAGCCAGAUUAUCUUCAGGAAUGCAAUGACAGAGGCUCUCGGAUGCUAUCCAGUCGCGAUGGCUAUUGCUUCAUCUCUUGACCUCAUUUCACUCGACAAUCUAUCCCGGACCUGCCGUCAGAUCCACGCAUCGCUUCUGCAGUACCGCACACCCCUCAAGUCGCAUACUCUCCACUGCGAGUUCGAGGACGUCGAGUUAGACCCCGAUGAUACCCUCCGAUACCGUGCCAGAGCCGGCAACUGGUUCUACAUGGAAGACAUGGGGAAUUCCAGCAGUAACUACAACGGCAAGAGCGGGCAAUGCGCUAGGGAUAUGGUGGCAGAAUGCCGACGCUGUGCUCGCGUUGUGUGUAGGAAUUGUGCUAUCAAGCCACCAGCUCCGAUAGUACUCCGAGACAGACAUCGGCGCCUCUGCGUUCGUUGCACCAAAGCGCCGCUCGGCGCUCUUACAAAACCUCCCUUGCAAGCAACCACACCUAUCGAUGCAGAUAUCAUGAAGCGAGUAGUAUGCACAUGCCAAAGUGAAGGUGUUUGGCUCUGUCAGCCCUGCGGUAGAAGCAUUCGCGGUGCAGACAGUGACUAUCAGUCAAUAUGGCGCUGGCGGAAUCAAUAUGGCGACAUCAUUGGCGGUGUGGGAACAGGAAUUGGCGAUGGCGAUCGUGGAGUAAUCUGCGGCCGGGAAGCUGAAUGCUGCGGCGGCAAAGAACGUGAGCAUGAGACCGACUGUGAUGCCGCGGAUGCGCGAGAGCACGUUCUGUCCAAUCCAGGCACACCGCCGCCAGCAAACCCGCAUCCCUUCCAGUCACAAAUGACCAACAACGAUACGCUGAGUCCCAUGCCCUCACCCUCAUCAUCACCUGGCUCUCAUCGUACCCCGACUCCACCACAUCUCGGGCCUGGGUAUUUCCGCCACGAGAUUGAGGGCAUUGGAGGCGUGGUCAAGACGAAGAGACUUAGUAUGAUUCGAGUGGGAGCCUGUGUGCCAGAAUAUGAGGAUGAAAAGCAUCGAGGAGAAAUCCUGGGAAGAGAGGUUUCCGGCCAGGUAAGGAGUUGGUGUGGCUGGUGCUGGAGAGUCAUCCCAGGCAAGAAGGAUUAUGAGAAAGGAACAGAGAGAAUGGGGAAAAGCAGGACGCCCACUAUCAAGGCUGAUGCUUAA